AUGGGCUUUGGAACUCCUCCUCGGGAGAGGGUCUUGACCGACCUGCUUGAUCACCACCUAGUGGCCGUUGAAGACCGGGUCGGCAUUCUUUCGAGGACCCUCAGCUCAAGCUCCAACAUCAGAUGGAUUCUCCCUGCCCGCAUUCGUUCGCCUGCCAACAACGACGUUGUCUUUGUUGGACGGACCUUCGUCCAGCUUCACGAAUUCACAGACAGUGGACAGCUGGCUGUUGUGACCGCAAAGCUCGACUUUGGCACAACAAUCACCGAUGCCAAAAUCAUCUCAGCAGAGUUGAAGUCUGUUCCAAUUGUCGAUGCCAUAUUGAAACAAGAGCGGGAUCAAGAGCAGUUUAGCAUUCGCGGUCAACUUGUCAAUGAUUCCGAGCCGCCACAGAUCCUCGUCCUCAUCACAAAAGACAAUGAUCUGAUCUACGUCUAUGCAAAAAAGGACGCCGUUGGAGACGUCAAACUCAUCUUUGCAAGAAGGCCGUUCUUGGGAGGGGUGGACCUGCCCUCAAGAGAGUGUCGAGAUAUCGCUGUUGAUCCCAAAUCCCGUGCCCUUGCAGUUGCUUCGCCCUCGGGCUACUUUGGAGUCUUCAAACUACAUUAUGUGGAUAAGAUCAGGUCGGCCAUUGACACCUGGGAUCCCCUCGAACCCGCCUCCUUCCGUCCCUCAGAAGCGCAACGUUUUAUCCAAGUGGCAGGCAAGAUUUUGAUGAUGACCUUUCUACACAGCCCCGAGGGCGAUCCCAAUAAGGUCAUCCUGCUUCUGCUGGUUUACUCCGAAGAAGCGGAGCAGGGAACGUAUCAAUACCUCUAUAGAUGGGACACUCGCCAACCACUCCAGACAAUCCAGCCAAUGACAUGUAGUGGGCGCAAGUUGACAGAAAAUCAGUUGCCCUUGAUGCUAAUUCCGUCGACACGGCCUUUUUCAUACAUUGUCGUCAUGGCAGCGGGCAUCAGUUACUACGAGAACGUGCAAUCUUCUCAAAUGAAGCGAGUUUACUGCCGAUGCAUGGACAACAUAAACACAAAUUUGCAGUGGGUACAAUGGGUCAGACCUAGACGCCACAACAAGUACCUCGAGCGUUGUGAUGAUAUUGUCCUCCUGCGAGAAGAUGGACUCCUGAAGAACUUUUUAAUCGACAAAGCGUCCAGCACCAAGUUCAGCACCAACAACACCAUUGGUCAUCUCGGUUUCAGCGUCGACACGGCAUUCUGCAUGCUUUCUGGACCCCCGAGAAAAGGCGGUGAUAUCAUCAUCGUGGGUGGUACAUUGACUGACGGAGGAGUCUUCCAUGUAUCGGCCCGAGGCUCGCCGGAACGCGUUCAGCGCAUCGAAUCACUCGCUCCACUGAAUGAUAUCGCCCUUGGACCCCCGAUAGUGGUUGACUCUCAAGACCUUUCUGUGUGGCAAGGCACGCCAGGUAGGCUCUAUGCCUGUUCGGGCGCUUGUGAUGGACAUGGUCAAGUGUCAGAAAUUCGUUACGGUCUGGAAGCUCAAAUUGGGUGGGAGAUGUCAUUUCCAGAGGCUGCUUUGGUUGAGCGGCUGUUCAGCUUGGAGAUACCGGCUACAAAGGAACUGCUGCUGCUGGCCUCUCAUACAACAAACUCGUCAAUGGUCGUGUUCGAAUUAGAAACUCAGGAGAUCUCACUCUCUGAUUCAGAGAGCCACCCCGGCUUUGACUUCGACCAUCCCUCGCUUGCUGCUACGGUGCUAAAUCGAGACACCGUUGUACAAGUGACUACCCAUGGUGUCCAUGCCAUACUCAUGGAUACUGACGGCGAAGUUCGAGAAUUGAGCCACCUCAGGUCACGCAUCGUACAUGCGGGCUUUUUCGCAGGUGACCAAGCCAUUGCCAUCACCAACCGCGUCAGUUCUGGCCAUGAGCUGUGUGUGAUUGACAUCGGGACUUCAGAGGACAGAGAGAUUCGUUUUACACUCAGUCCGCCGGUGACACUGAGACACAUUCCCAAUGUGAUUUGCUGCGUCCAAGUACAGAGCAAGCAGCUGGUUCUAAUUGGUACAUCAACUGGAGAGAUCUUGGGAUACACUGACACCUUGGAGCUCGCUUUCGAAUUUCGAGUCCGAGAUCUCGGUGUGAUGGUCGACAAUGCUGCAGUGUCUUCCCUAGUCGCGCUAAGUCACAAGACGGCCGACCCCAUCCUGCUUUUGUGUGGGCUUCGUUUGGGCACUGUCCUGUGCUUGGAACUCAGGGUGAACUGUGAAGAUGUCUCGAAAACAGCCUUGAGAUGUGAUGACGUCUACCGCGUUGGAGCAACCCCUGUACAGAUUGUCGAAGAGAAGAGUCAACCUGGGAGUCUCCAGAACCCAUCUGCCCUGGUGCUUUGCGAAUACACGCUUCAUCGGAUCACACUCCAUCCCAAUUCUGCCGUUGUUGAUUACACAAUGUCUCCUCUGUGGGUGACAGAUCGAACUAAACCCUCAGUUCAGCCAUUGAUCAAUGCAGUCCAUCGGAUCCCAAAGCUUAUGUCAGGAGACGAACAGCCUGGAGGUUUCCUAAUUUGUGCUGUCGCGGAGGACUUGCUCUUCUGUUCCGUGAUCGCCCAGGAACACGGAAUAUCAAGGCACCUGAAUCUGAAGGGGAUCCCCAGGCGAAUAAUUUACUCACAAUUUCUCCAGAAGUUUGUUGUUGCGUUCUCCCAAGAAGGCGAUCCUACCGAUAUUCGACUCAGAAAGCACACCGGCGUUCCUCUGCCUGAGGGUGAGAAGGCCAUUAUCCAGCAACCGUCAAAUAAGAUACAGAGGGCUGGGCUACAGCUCAUCACUCCUAACUUGCAAUAUCCUAAACCGAAGGAUUCCGCGAGCGCUAUCUUUUCAACCAUCGUGACUGGAGAUGACAGCGACGUUAUCCACGAUCUCAUUGACUGGGCCCCGACAGACGGACGGAAUCACUAUGAAUGGCUGGUGAUCGCGUUGGAGCAAUCGAGCCCUACACCGGGUACGCGAGGAUCCGGCCGAGUUGUCUGUGUCAAUGCGAAAAGCUUGGGUAAAGGCAAACCUGAUGCCACUCCAAAGCUUGCCUUUAGCAGCAAGGAUCCUAUUACGGCCAUAUGUGCAUACAAGAUGUCAUCUCUCUUGAUUGCUGCCGGAAAAGAAAUCGUCUUACAUCAUCUGGAUUGGUCAACGCGCAGAUGGAAGACGUUGGCGAAGUGCGGUCUCCCGUCAUAUGCAAAUGCUAUAUCUUGCCAAGGCUCCCUCAUCUGUGUAGCCACACAGCAACACUCGAUAUUUGUGCUCGUGGAGGAGAAUAACACAUUGCGCCACCAUAACUGCGACACCAAAAUGAGAUAUGCCAAAGAUAUUGUCGUCUUGGAUGGGUCCACUGCCGUCUUUGCCUCUGCCGAUGUAGGAGGUACGGACAUCAUUGGGUUCUCGGGGUUGAACAAGGAAAGCAAAGAAGCAGCCCCUGCAUUUCAUGCGACGGUUCCGGGUCAUAUCCACCGCUUCCGACUCGAUACGUCCCAGGGCCAUCGAAAGACUGAUCGAACUCGCUUCUACGGCUACACCCUCGACGGCACGGUUCUCCAUUUUUCGCUCCUGAAGCAACACGAGUGGAAAUUACUUCACUUCGUCGAAGAAAUGAGCCACAUGGUCAAGAAACCGAUCAAGGCGGUGCCGAUCAUGAAGAGAAACGCGCAAGGCGAGCCAUACCUUUGGAAACCUUCGACUUUCAGGCCCAAGGACAUGCACGUCCAGGGAGAUCGACUGCUCGCGAUGAUCGAGCAAGGCCCAUACAACCUUCGAAAUGUUCUGAAAGGGUCGGACAGGCUGGACAGUUUCAAUGCUUUGGUAGAGGAGACCUUGGGGGAGACGGAGGAGCCUGUGGAGGCUGUGGUUGCUUGGAUCAGGAAGUUGAUGACAUACCCACCGCGAACUUGA